AAAAGCGUGCUUUAGUAACAGAAGCAUUUUUCUAAGUAUCUUCCUUAUAUAUAUCCUUGAAACGCUCUCACUUUGCUUACGUGAACCCUUUGUCUCUUUAUUUGAAUAAAAGACUUGCAUGUUUUAGUUUUGUCGGAUCUGACUCUAGAACUCCAAGAGCCAACAAAACCAAAAACUUCAUUUAACUUUCUCUCCUUCUCGAUUCGGUUUAUCAAAUAAGAGUUUUUAAAUUAGUAGAAGAGUAUUUUAUUUCGUUUGGAUCGGUUAGUUACCUGUGACUGAGGAUUUAUGCAUCGAUCAAUAUUGGGAAUGGAUAAUCAAGAGGUUGUUGAUAUUGAAGCUCAGAUCGAGAAUAAUAACGAUGAUCAAACCCUUCCUUUUUCAGUUUUUAAAAAGGCCAAUCUUCCUAUUACUUUAAAGUUUGAGAAUGUUGUGUACACGGUGAAGGUGAAGGAACCAAAGAGCUGGCUAGGUCAAACCAAAGGCAAAACCGAAGAUAAGACCAUCUUGAAGGGUGUAAAUGGGAUCGUUAAACCGAGAGAGAUCCUGGCUAUGCUCGGUCCCUCAGGAAGUGGCAAGACCAGCUUAUUGACCGCUCUAGGAGGGCGGGUUAGCGAAGGGAAAGGGAAGCUCACAGGGAACAUAACAUACAACAACAAGCCAUUCUCCAAAGGUGUGAAGCGAGCCACCGGUUUCGUGACUCAAGACGAUGCUCUUUACCCUCACUUAACUGUUACCGAAACUCUAGUCUUCACUGCGCUUCUCCGGCUUCCGAACUCUUUCAAAAAACAAGAUAAGAUCAAACAAGCUGAUGCGGUCGUGACUGAGUUGGGUCUAGAUAGAUGUAAGAACACUAUCAUAGGAGGACCUUUCUUGAGAGGUGUUUCGGGUGGUGAGAGGAAAAGGGUUAGCAUAGGGCAAGAGAUUCUUAUAAACCCUAGUUUGUUGUUUCUUGAUGAGCCUACUUCUGGUCUUGAUUCCACCACCGCUCAGAGGAUUGUGUCCGUUUUGUGGGAACUGGCUCGCGGUGGAAGAACGGUCGUGACAACAAUUCAUCAACCUUCUAGUAGGUUGUUCUAUAUGUUUGAUAAGAUUCUUCUCUUAUCAGAAGGUAAUCCGAUAUACUUUGGGCUUGGAUCCAACGCUAUGGAUUAUUUUGCUAGCGUUGGGUACUCUCCAUCUGUUGAAAGGGUUAAUCCGUCAGAUUUUCUCUUGGAUAUAGCCAACGGUAUUGGAUCAGAUGAAUCUCAAAGACCAGAGGCUUUGAAGACAGCUCUAGUUGCGGUUUACAAGACAAAUCUGUUGGGCAAUGUUAUCAAUGAUCUGAAAGGGCAAGACGAUCAAUAUAACCAAUCAGUAGAGAGUCUUGGAGAUUCCAAACGUUUUGGAGACUGGCCAACAACGUGGUGGCAGCAGUUCUGCGUUCUUUCGAAGAGAGGCCUUAAGCAAAGGCGACAUGAUUCUUUCUCUGGCCUAAAGAUUGGUCAGGUUUUGUUCGUGUCUUUCCUAUGUGGUCUCCUUUGGUGGAAAACGGACCUUGCUCACUUACAAGAUCAGCUAGGGCUAUUGUUCUUUAUGUCAUCUUUCUGGGCGUUCUUCCCACUUUUCCAACAAAUCUUCACGUUUCCCCAAGAGAGAAAAAUGCUUGAGAAAGAACGAUCCUCGGGAAUGUACAGGCUCUCGUCUUACUUCAUGUCCCGUGUUGUCGGGGAUCUCCCAAUGGAGCUUAUUCUACCAACCAUUUUUCUCAUCAUCACAUAUUGGAUGGCUGGUUUAAACCCAAAACCUGUAAACUUCUUUCUGACCCUUCUGAUCCUUCUUCUCCACGUCCUUGUCUCUGGUGGGCUAGGACUAGCCCUAGGUGCCCUAGUGAUGGACCAGAAGACAGCCACGACACUCGGGUCAGUUAUAAUGCUGACGUUUUUGUUAGCUGGAGGAUUCUACGUUCGAAAUGUCCCAGUGUUCAUCUCUUGGAUUAAAUACGUAUCAAUAGGUUACUAUACCUAUAAACUGGUGAUAUUGGGUCAGUACACGGAGAGUGAGUGGUAUCCUUGUGGUGAAAAUGGGAAAUUGAAGUGUUAUGUUGGCGACUUUGAAGGUAUUAAGCACAUAGGGUUUCAUGGUGGAUUAGUCUCUGCGUUUGCCUUGGCUUUGAUGCUUGUUGGUUAUAGAGUAGUUGCUUACAUUGCUUUGAUGAGGAUUGGAAAAACCAAGUCUGGCUAAUAAUGUAGCUAUCUCCAUUUUUUGUAUUGGGUUUUAGUACUUUUUGAGUAAGAACGAAUGUAUAACACCAAUAUGUUCUUAUUGCAAUGUUGUUUUUUCGUUGAGUCAUUUGUAAUGAUAUAUGAUGAAUUAUGUUUUGAAAUAAUUUAGCAUAUUUUAAUGUUAUGUUUUGUUUAUGAUGUACUGAUUAACAUGGACCGGUUCAAGUGGUCCUAUGAUAAGUCAUAUCUCAAUAAAGGGAUAUAAGAAUCUAGGUAGUAAUGUAAAGAGCAUGUUCUGUGUGUGUUCAAAGGAAAAGUUCAAAGCCAAUUCAAUGUUUGCUUAUUGGUUGUGUUCCAAGUUCAACACAUGUAACACGUUGAAAUUAUUCGUACAUGAAAGAUAUUUGACCUCACGCGGUUUUAAAAUUCGAACAGCUAGCUGAUGAAUUUG